AUGCGACAGACCCUUCGCCGAUCCUGUUCUGCCUGUGCAAGGUCUAAAUUAAGUUGCGACCUCCGCACGCCUCAUUGCUCACGGUGCAUCAAGCGCAAGGUGUUGUGUGUAUACGCAAAUCAACCUUGGACAGUGCAGCCGGCAUCUUCCGGGAUAGAAGGCGGCGAAUCAAUAGAGCCAUAUGGCGCACUAUCAACCUACCAAUUUGGCUCUAUCGAUCCUUUUGAUUCGUAUCCUCGAACGAGGCUUCCUCGAGAACAUGUCCAACGCCUCAUCCACAACUGUACACCCAACCCAGUUCUCCACAAAAUUGCUUUCCAAUAUUAUCCCCUCGACCUCAAUGAAACCUCCAAUCCGUUUCUCAUUUCUUGGUGGCCACUUGCAUUGGGAGAUCCAGCUCUCUUCCAUGUCUCGCUGCAGACUGCAUGCCUCGAUGAGGAGUUAAUCGCCCAGAGGGGGUUCCAAGCCUCUGAAAUGUUGAUGGCCGACUCGGUCUCGUUGGUUCGACGAAAGAUUCAGGAUCUGUCACUGGCUGUACAAGAUGGCACUAUGAACUCUGUGAUCACCCUGGCGACUAUUGAAUUUGGCAAAGGAAACUUCGAGGUCAGCAAAACGCAUGUUGAAGGUGUGAAACGACUCGUGAGCUUGCGAGGUGGCAUCAGCUCUGUGAGGCAAACUAGUCCACUGACUGCCAGGAUGAUUAGCUGGGCAUCAAUGCUCAUUCUCGGACAUCCACAAUUUCCUGUCCAAGAUGACGGCGGCGGUGGAGAUGGCAUACCGCCAAUUCCGGAAUGGUUUUUAUGCUCGACUGCCCUCGAGGACGGCACAAUACCCGAGCUCAGCUGGGUGGUUGACGACAAGAUUGUCAGAACCGCACUGGUCCGUCUCCGCUAUAUUUUCAAACACGUGGAAGGUGAGCCGCUCUCCGGGAUAAGACUUCAUGAUCUCGCAUUGUUUGUCACGCAUCGACUUCUACUCUCGGCCCCCGAUACCCAGGAUACAAAUGCAUCGCCAGUCACCGAAUGCAUUCGUUACGCCCUGAUACUCUACAUGUUCAUAAUCCAAGGACCGAUCUAUUACUCUCACGCCGUCAUCUUAAGUUCAGUUGUGACCAGAUUCACCAAGUACCUGGAACUUCUGGAAUCUAUAUCUCACGUGUACGAUGCAUUGGAUAUCUGGCUGUUGACAAUUGGAAUGGUGGCAUCCGCGGGGACCCCGGGUUAUUCUUUCUUCACGGAGAGGAUCCGACGUGUCUGUGCCUGUCUUCAACUGACUGAAUUCCACGUGGCCCUCAAGUAUAUCAAAGGCAUCUGCUGGCUAGGGGGCUUGCAAGGGGAAACUCUUCUUCGACCACAUUGGAACGUCGUUUUGGCCGAUGAUAGUCAACUGAACCCAGCGGAGUUAAGGGUCGAUUUAUCACCAAGCAGCUUUGGGGUGCAAUCUUGA